GUAGUUGCCUAUAGCAACCAAAGCAGCAGUGCAUUUUUGCUGCUUAAAAAUAAUAACAUCGCAUUUUUGUGUUGAUUUAAAGUGUUUCUAAUUUUUUGUGAUUGAAGUUAUCAAAUAUUUGUGGGAAUUAUGAGAGGUCUUACCUCCAAAAUCAGCCAAGAGGCUGGAAAAUCUUUGGCAAUCUCACAAGGAAUACCCGGUGAGAUAACUCAAUAUGUUCCUCAGCGUCUUCCACCUAUGCCUAGUUUUCGUGAUUUACUUGCCAUUUAUGGGAUUCGAGGAAGAAAACAAUUGAGUCAAAAUUUCAUUAUGAGACCAGCAACAAUAAGAAGAAUAGUUAAAUACAGUUGUAUCAAACCUGGUGAGACUGUAGUCGAAGUGGGUCCUGGUCCUGGUAACAUAACAAGAGAGAUACUUUCUCGAGGUCCGAGGGAAUUGUUUGUCAUCGAAAAAGAUCGUAGGUUUUUACCCAUGUUAGAGAUGCUUGCUGAUGCUGCUUAUCCUGGACAAAUGAAAAUCAUGUUGGGAGAUAUAAGGGACAUCAAAAUGGACAGCUUUUUCCAUCCCGAUUUAAAAAGAGAUUGGCUUGAUAAGUUGGCACCAAUACACAUUUUUAGCAAUUUACCUUUUAAUAUCGCUUCUGUAUUGUUAAUUCAAUGGAUGCAUCAGUUACAUACACGCACAGGUGCCUUUGCUUAUGGAAGAGUUCCUAUGAGCCUAACAUUUCAAUAUGAAGUUGCUCAAAGACUAAGCGCUGAUAUUUUUCAAUAUGGACGAAGUCGCGUGUCCGUUAUGACUCAGCUUUGGUGUAAUGUUCAUCGCAAAUGUCUGAUACCUGGAAAUCAAUUUUUCCCUAAACCUCAAGUUGACGUUGGUCUUGUAAGAUUAAUACCACGAAGAGUACCAUUAGUACCUACUGAAAUACCCUUUAAAGUAAUAGAUAGAUUUGUCAAACAUCUAUUUCAUUUGAGGAGAAAAAUCCUCAGGCGUUCAUUGCACUGUCUUUUCCAUCCAAAAGAGAAACAUUUGGUUGAUAAAAUUUGUAUAGAGGCUGGUGUUUCAGUUGAGGAUCUACCUAUCAUGCUGUCGAAUGAAGAAAUUGCGCGAAUGAUCCAAGUUUAUUGGGGAAUUGUUAAAGAAUCACCAGAACUUCUUGAUUACGAUCAUACGACGCGUAAAAAAGAGCCCAAGAUAUUGAGAGAUAUGUUUAGUGAAAAAGGUUUUCGUGUCAAUAAACGAAAACCUAUAAAAGUAGAUGAUAGAAAUCUCAAUGAAUAGUUAAUGUUUAAUUAUUUUACAUCAAAAUCAAGUCAACGUAAUGUCAAUUAUAAUGUAAAAACAAAAUGAAAUUAUAAAAUUAAAUGUAAAUAUUUAGAAAAUUAGUACAAUAUGUAUCAAAAAACUUAAUGCAAUGUAAUUUAAAUUAUAAUACAGUAAAUAAUGUGCAGCACUAC